AUGGCUUUUUUCCACAACGGCGCCGGGAUGGACUCAGACUACGCACCCUCUCCAUUCUCGGCCAUGUCCAGUCCGUACGACACCACUGCCAUCAUCGACACUGAUUUGGAUCCGGUGUCUUCCUUCCCACCGCCGCUCGACCCACCCUCCAGAGAGGACUGGGAUCGGUUCCAGCAGAUCAUUCUCGAACACUACAUCGGCGCCAAUAUGCCCGUAAAAAAGCUUGUCGACCAUAUGGAGCGGCAUUAUUCCUUCAAGGCCACACCGAGGAUGUACAAACAGCGCUUCUAUGACUGGGGAGUCUUCAAGUAUGAGAGGGCUCGCAUCAAGCGCGUCGAGAAGAACAGAAGCCUGACAUCGGCGCCGGCACCUCCAAUGUUCGAUUCUCCGCCUCUGGUUGGAAGUGCAUCCAUGAGCCGGACGUCAUCCAACACAUCGAACCGCACGUCUUUCAGCAAUCAUCUCAUGGACGACAUCGAACCUUACGACCUCGCUGGCAAUGGGUGGGGCUGUCUCCAAUACUCCUGUCCAGAGCCAGCCGCAUGUGCUCACCGGCACUGCAUAAAGACCCACCUCUCAGGUCUACAGCAGCAGCAACAGCAGCAACAACAAUUUCAAGUCCAGGUCGCGCCUACCAGUCAUCCUUUAUCAGGCUCUUCGCCUUAUAACUACAUGCCGAUCCCAAGGCACGGGUCUGUCGAGAAAGUGAUUCACUGUGUGAACCAAUUCUCUGACACAUGGAUGUACGGCGAGCUGAAUGUUAACGACGCUCAGCAACAAAUGCUGUACAACGAUGCAGAAGCAGCCAACAUCAUCGCCGACUAUCCGGGUCACUGCUCUCACAAGGCCAGUCCCAAACAAUGUGAGCGCUGUACAUGGGCCGAGUUCGACUUCGGUCUCGCCAUGCUUGAAGAUGGCCAUACUGACGUUGCGGUAUCUAGCUUCGAAUUGGGAUGCCGCCUGGCCUAUCUCCUCCUCUCUGCCCCCUCAAAACUCUGGAUCAGGAACCUUGUCAUGGCAUUUGGCAGCUCCCGCUGGGAACGACAUGAAGGAUUCCGGCAUGGGAUACUUGAGUACCUCGCUAUGAUGGCCGUGUACAAGCUUGGGCAUACGCACCCUAUAACGGUUAUCUUACAGUGUGUUAAAGAGGGCGACACACUAUUUGCUGCUGCGGAGCCCGCUCUUCGCGCCAUGAUUGCUGCAUUUGAGAGGACAACUGGUGUCGCAGAUCCGGAUAUCCUCCUCAUCAAACGGUCGCUUUCGGUUAUUUUGCGACGCCAACAGAAAUUUCAUGACAGUGAGUUGCUGCUCCUCGGUGCGAUCGCAGACAGCGAAGGCGCCCGGAAGACCAGAGUCAUUGCCAGUCAUGACGGCGACAUCAGGGCAACCCAGAUCGACACCGAAUCCUCCUGGAUCCCGGACGAGAUCAGUGUCUACACAUAUCAGCACCUUGCUCGCAUGGCAUCCGAAAUGAGCAGGCUUGACCAGUGCAGGUACUGGUUCAAACAAGAGCUCUGUGCAGCAAUCAAGCGUUGGGGCCCGGCAGGUGAAUACACCGCGGAGUGCUUAUCGCUGGCCUACAACGAGAAGGGUGACCUGCGGCAAAUGGUCGAACAAUAUCCAGAGGUGCUCCAGAAAGCACAGUGGGCGAAGUCACAGGGGCGCAUGGUUGUCAGCAAGGCCAGGUGGUGCGCCGUCAGGAACCUGAUAUGA